AUGACCCAAUCAAGCUGGAUUGCUCAUUUUCUGGGACCACGAUUUAGCUGGAUUGCUUAUAAUCUGGGACCGGGUUUGAUAGUGUGCCAGUCAGUGUCGGUGGGAGCUAGUGUGCUCCCCUAUCUCGCUCUGCUCGAUAAUGUCGGCAGUAUGCCAACCCAACCUCCCGCAAUUCAUCUAAGCUAUGUCGACUUGAUCACAUUGGAUGCUAUCGAGCAAAGUAGUGUUGGUGUUGGUGUUGGUGUUGGUACUGGUACUGGUACUGGUACUGGUGUUGGUACUGGUACUGGUACUGGUACUGGUGUUGGUGUUGGUGUUGGUGUUGGUGCUGACCCGAAAUUCUCGUUUGACUUGACGAUCCAUGAUCUUACCAAUGUACCGGAGAUCAAUGGGUCGUGUUAUAUUGAAAUUCUGGUGAAGGAUAGUCAGAGAAAAGGCCAUAGCAAUGGAAAGAUUCCUGGUAUAGAAUCGGAUAAGAAGGUGUUAUCAUCAUCAUCGCCACGGUCGUUUUUUGCCAAGUUUGACGAUGCGAGCUUGAAGAAAAAUAAGAAUGGAAAUAACGGGGUUGCUGCCAAUGCCAAUACCAAUGCCAACACCACGUUGCUGGGAAACAUUUCAACAACAACGUCAAGGAAAAAACUCCAUAAUUUCAAGUGUAAUUUCAACUACAAUUUAUCGUGUAAUUUGAAGUUUAGCUUGAAGAGAAAGCACAAUUUGAUCUCCAACAAGUAUCUCAAGUUAAAGGUUUUCUAUGUGGUUGAUAAACAUAGUGGUGGUGGAAAUGGUGGUGGUGGUGGUGGUGGAAAUGGUGGAAAUUCACCUCAGGUGAUUUUCUUGGGCAGGUUGGUGCUUAAUUUGGCAGAGUAUCUCAAUUUCAACGAGCCGGUGAAUACAAAGUAUUUGCUAGAAGAUUCCAGGGUUAACUCGAUAUUAAACAUCACUAUUGGCUUACUGGAAUUACCGGCAAAUUUUGACUUUCACACUCAAUUACAAAUCCAGGACAACAACAGUAGUAACACAUCGUCGACGUCAACUUCGUUGGGAGACGGGAAAACACAUAUGCGAAAGACAACUACGUUCAAUGUCCCUGAAUUCGAGCGCAAACAUGUCUUUACUGGAAUCAAUUAUGUCUUUGGCGAAAAUAACAAUAAUAAUGUCUUCCCAAACGACCAUUUGCACUCGCCAGCACCUUCGGUGAAACAACGCUCACCAAGUAGCGAAAAACCUUCCCCCAUAGAUAAGCAUUCACAUAGAGGCAUUUUUGGUCAUUAUAAUAACAAUAAUAACAUCAACAACAGCAACAACAACAGCAACAAUAACAAUCAAAAGCCCAAUCUGGAUAAUCUGUCUGCGUCGUCAAACGUUUCUGGAAAACAAUUGGACAGCAUCGCUAAUCUAGACAAUGACGAGCUUUUGCAUUACGUAGCCAAAAAUAACGACAACUCCAGUGGACUAAAUCUCAACAAUAUAGGUAAUAUUCCUGGAUCAGAAUCUUAUACAAAUCCGCUCACUAAUAAUCAAGCAUAUAACAAUACAAAAAAAAUAAUAAUGGAUCCAAUAGUAAGUUUGUUAUAUGCUAAGAUAUUGGAAAGUAACUGGGACCCUGAACUAUAUCCAUUACUAGAGUAUUCUCCUAGUCAAUGCAUAAAUGAUAUAUUUGAGAAUGCAAAUAAUCCACUUGGGUGUAAUACUAAAUUGAAAGCAUAUGCAGAUGCAAAGUGGAAAGAACGCGAAAAGAGUGAAGACGACAGUUAUCGAGAGUUGAAUGGCUUGAUUAGUGAGUUAAAGUAUAGGUCGAAUAUAAAGAGCUGGAAGGUUUCAGAACAAAGUCUUGAUGAAAAGUACUAA